UGCGGAAACAUUGCGAAUGCUACAAGAAGCCUUCGGGGAAGAAUCUAUGUCGAAGAAAAAUGUGUACAAAUGGUACAGUGAUUUCAAGAAUGGCCGUGAGAAGGUCGAAGACGAGGACCGUCCGGGGAGACCAUCCACCUCGACCGACGACGCUCACGUCGUCCAAAUCAAGAAUUUGUUGGUCAACAAUCCUCGGUUGACGAUACGUGACCUUUCGGAAAUUGUUGGGAUUUCCAAAGGCUCGGUCAGCACCAUCCUGAAAGAUGUUUUAGGGUUGAAGCGGGUGAAGUCUCGCCUGGUGCCGAAAUGCCUGAACCUGCUAGAAAAGCGGAAUCGCAUCGAAGUCUGCAAAACGGUGCAAACGACCCGGAAACAACGGACCAGUCCAGCGAGUACCGUUCCCCGAACGAGUACCCGCUCGAACACCGGUCGAAAAACAAGGUGA